AUGGCGAAUUGGGACCACGUAGUAUACAGAAACAAAGAUGUAGACUAUUAUGUCCCCAGCUUGUUUCAUUUAAGCCCGACUUUUCAGACAACAGUGCCUUGCCUUGUCUGCGACUUGAGCUACCACUUUAAACGUUCAAAGAUCAUAACUCAGAAGUACUAUGCUGGUGAGCCAGACGCUUGGUUAUACGGAAACUACCCAAUCGGCUCUGUCGAAGUACUAGGCUGCGUAGCGGGCUGGAAAUGGAAGCUAAUAGGUGAAUGUGACAAUGCCAUGUUUAAACUUGACGACUCCACGCGGGAACCUCGAGGCCCGCCCACUUUGUUGAGUGUCAAGUGCUCUAAAGGCGUUGUUCUGCGGAGCGGGCUCCCCUUAGGGGACCUGAGCGGCUGGACGCUCAAGCUUGCCGGGCAAAUGAACAGGUUCGGAGAGCUGGACGUUCAGAGCGUAAGGAUUUGCAGCGAACUUCAAGAUGAGAUCGAGUUUUGGAAGAGGGCAAUGAAGUGGCGCAGAGAGCUGAGCGUCCCUUGGACGGUGGAGAAGGCCGUACUGGAUCGCGUCUGUGCGCCAGCGGGCAACGCCCCUCCGUCUAGCUACAACUUUAUCCAAUGGCUGGAGCAGCAGCACUACCAAAGGGAGAUGAAGAUCGCCGAUGACUAUUCCGAGGGGCCUCGCGAGAUUGUGCUUCCUUUCAAGCACGUCUCCCAAGACAUGGUGCUGGGCGACCAAGAGGCAGAGUCGGAGCCUCACACCGGGCGCCAUGAGCAAACACAGGCCCGAAGCCCGGAAAUGCACGAACGUUCUCGCGCGCCCGAGCUUGUGGAGACCAUCGACCAAGCCGCAGGUCCUCGCGCAAGUGUCCACGAUUACGUCCGCCACGUUCUGGACCACCUCCUCACGCAGAACCGUGUCGAGGUCUCCACUCUGAACACCUUCCGGAGCCCUGGCCCUUUACGAGUUCUUCGCCGCGUCGCCGCCCAGCGGGCGCGCCGCCAGGCGCGACCCGUGGAUGAAGUUGCCAGCUCGCUUUUUGCCGACGUUCUACAGCGGCUCGCGCGCGCAGGCCUCAUCAGCGUUUUCGCGCAAGGCCGUAUCCUGAACCUCAGGGUUCUCAAGAACUGCGACGAUUACGUGACCCAGCGCAUCGCCGCCCUCGUCGAACUGCGCUCCUACACAGGCAAGAUCGAUUUCCGUAGGGCCUGCGAUCUACUCGGACUUGCCCGCAGCGCACCUCUGGAAAGACUUCUCGUCGACCUACACAAGCGUGCGCUGCGGCGGCUGGCGGCCGCAAGCGACACGCCACUACAGAGCUGGUGGAUCGAGCUGGCAGGUCCCGCCGCGGCAUUUGUGCAUUUCGAGUACCACCACGAUCCGAGCUCUCUUGCGCCCGGAUGA